AUGAAGUGCCAUACGAAUAUCUUUGUUGUCUUUGUUCCUUACAUAUUUUUAGUCUCUCUAUUCUCAUGGAUUUUCGUGGCCAUGAGCUCACAGAACUCAACAACUGAAGUGAAGGUGGGUGUUAUUCUUGACUUUGAAUCAGGGAGUGCAAAAAAUGGGAAGGCUUAUUGGAGUUGCAUGAAAGUAGCCCACGCAGACUUCUAUGCAGCCAAUCCUAACUUCAAGACUAGGCUGGCUUUGCUCCCAAGAAACUCCAACAGAACUGUUGUUGGUGCAGCUGCUGCAGCUGUAGAUUUGAUAAACAAAGAAGAAGUCCAAGCAAUCAUAGGCCCUGAAACAUCAAUGGAGGCAAACUUCGUUGUUAGUGUGGGAAACCAAACUAAAGUCCCUAUCUUGACCUUUUCUGCAUCAAGUCCUGCUCUUACUACUCUUGGGAGCUCUUUCUUUUUCCGACUUACACAGAAUGACUCUAUCCAAGUGAAAGCCAUAGCUGGUAUCGUUCAGAACUUCGGAUGGAGAAAAGUUGUUCCCAUCUACGUAGACAGUUCUUAUGGGUGGGGAAUCGUACCUUUUCUUAUCGAUGCCUUGCAAGAAGUUGAAGCUCAUGUUCCCUACAGAAGUGUAAUUUCUGAAGCAGCAACUGAUGAUCAAAUUGAAAUAGAGCUUUACAAGUUAAUGACAAUGCAAACAAGAGUUUUCAUUGUUCAUAUGAAUCAUGAUCUCUGCUCUAAGUUAUUUGCCAAGGCAAAAAAGAUUGGAAUGAUGAGUGCAGGUUACGUUUGGAUAACAACUGGUGGGAUAUCUAAUAGUUUAAGGUCCAUGAGUUAUUCAGACCGAAAUUCCAUGGAAGGUGUAUUAGGUAUACAGACAGAAUUUCGAAGAACACUAAAGCAUAAAGAAUUUGGAAAGCGGUCCAAAAUGAAAUUCCAACAGGACAAUCCAAACAUAACUAACGUUGAGUUGGAUGUCUAUGGAUUCCAAGCUCGUGAUGCAGUCUUUGCACUAGCUUCAGCAGUCGAACGAGUUGGAUACUCAAGCAUUGGAUAUCAACUGGUGAGUGACUCCUCCAAGGCAAGAGAUCUCGAUACCCUUAAGGUAUCUCAGUAUGGUUCAAAACUUGCUAAAGCCCUAUCUGACACUAGAUUUAAAGGCUUAGCUGGAGAUUUCAAUGUCAUAGAUGGUGAGCUUCAGUCAUCCUCUUAUAUGAUUAUUAAUGUCAUUGGUGGCAAAGCAAGAGGAAUUGCAUUGUGGACUCCAGAGAAUGGAAUGGUUUCUACAGACACAGGCAAGAUCUCUACUGAUUCCCAGUGCAUGUUUGGACCCAUUAAAUGGCCAGGUGCUUCUUACGCUGUUCCUAAAGGAUGGGAGAUCCCAACUAACCAAAAGAAGUUGAGAAUAGGAGUUCCUGUCAAGGAUGGUUUCACCGAGUUUGUUAAGAUCACAAAAGAUCCUAACACUAAUAGAACAGCUGUCACAGGGUUCUGUAUUGAUGUCUUCAAUGCUGCAGUGGAAUUAUUACCGUAUGCUCUUCCUUAUGAGUUCAUUCCUUUUGAAAAUUCUUCUGGUUUGAUGGAUGGAAGUUAUGAUGAUUUAAUCUAUCAAGUAUAUCUCAAGAAAUUUGAUGCUGUUGUUGGAGAUACAACAAUUAGAGCAAACAGAUCCUUGUAUGUUGACUUUACAAUGCCAUAUACCGAAACUGAUGUAGGAAUGGUUGUGCCAAUCAGAAACAGCAAAAGCAAAAAUGCAUGGAUUUUCAUGAAGCCAUUGACAUCGGGCCUUUGGUUAACAACUUUAAGUUUCUUCAUCGUUAUCGCUUUUGUUGUUUGGGUACUAGAACAUCGUGUUAAUGAAGAUUUUCGGGGUCCUCCUUCACGUCAAGUUGGAACAAGCUUUUGGUUUUCUUUCUCCACCAUGGUUUUCUCACAUAGGGAGAGAGUUGUCAGCAACUUGGCUAGACCUGUGAUGACUAUAUGGGUGUUUGUUGUGCUCAUAGUGACAUCAAGCUACACAGCUAAUUUAUCGUCACUGUUAACAAUUCAACAGCUCCAGCCCACCGUUACCGACUUAAAUGAUCUAUUAAAAAAUGGCGAUAAUGUCGGCUACAGCAAGAGUUCUUUUGUUUAUGAUGUCUUGAUUCAAAGGGGUUUUAAUGAUAGCAGGCUUAUAAAAAUUAAUUUGGUUGAAGAUGGUGAUAAAGAACUCACCAAAGGUACUGCGAAUGGUGGCAUUGCUGCUUAUGUUGGUGAAUCCCCAGGCUUGGAGGUUUUUAUUUCAAAGUAUUGUUCUAAGUACAUUAUGGUUGGACCUAUCUCCAAAACUAACGGCGUCGCCUUCGUGUUCCCUAAACGUUCACCUCUUGUAGCUGAUAUGUCAAGGGCAAUCCUAAAUGUUACCGAAGGGAAGAAGAUUAUGAAGAUUCAAGCAUAUUGGCUUAAGAAAGAAAGCAAUUGUCAAGGUUCGAGUUCCGACAAUAAUAUCUCUGACCGCAGUCUUGGCCUUGAUAGCUUUUGCGGACUAUUCAUCAUUGCUGGGGUCUCUUCUUUGUUCACUCUCUUCAUAUUUUUCACCUCCUUCGUGUACAAGCAUAUGCAUGUCUUCCGGCCCGCUGCUGAUUCUGAAGCUUCUGCAUGGAGUAGGAUGCGUGCCAUAUUUAAAACUUUUGAUGAUAGAGAUGCCAGCUUUUAUACUUCUAGUAGCAGUCAACAGUCAAAGAAAACCAUUGGUGUUGGAGAUCUUGGACUAAACGCAUCACCAACUAGCAACUGGUCGGAAAGUCCAGUCAGCUAUACGAACCAUGGAGAUCUCUGUGAUAUACUUAGAAGUGGACAAACACCAACUAGAGGAGCAUCUCCGCAACCAGUUCAAACUAUCGAGCUUGCUAUCACUUGUUAA